GUGAGAAAUUUGGCAAUAAAACCACCAAUCUGCACAGAUUUUGGCAAGUCCAAAAUGAUUAGCUCACUGAAACUCAAUCUCAUCCUACUUCUGCUGCUGUCGACAACGCAUGUGUUUCGGUGUUAUCCAGUUCUAUCUUCCAAGGUGUCUGGAAAAUCUGAUUACUUUCUCAUUCUGCUGAACAGCUGCCCAGCUAGACUGGACAGGAGCAAAGAACUAGCUUUCCUAAAGCCAAUUUCGGAGAAGAUGUUUAUGAAAAGGUCCUUUCGCAAUGGAGUUGGCACAGGGAUGAAAAAAACUUCCUUUCGAAGAGCAAAAUCAUGACUAAGUGUGCAAAGGACUCCAGGAGUUAGUCUCAGAUUGUAGGGUGUGACUGACAUGCUCAAGGUCCAUCGUCUCCUUAUCACUGAGUGUUGGCAUGCUCUCGAUUCUCAAAUAUCUUUCCUCUCCUAACUGGUACAGAAUAAAUUGAGUUUAAAAAGAAAGUAAACCUGUCUCAAGCUUCCACUUGUGGGAGAAAACACAAUUUAUGUGGUCCAUUAGUAGCUGUUUCCCAAAUGGGAUGGACACAUUACCUUUGGUCUUAACUUGGCCAGAAUGCAUGACCACGUUCACAGUCAUCACAAUGGUACUUUAUUUCCUGCCUAUGAUAUCGUAACACGAAUAGUGUGAUGUUUAUUAUUCCUUUUAUAUUGUUUUCUCAAAUGGCUUAACAGGGCCAAUUCUUGGGGUUAGGGAUGUACUAUUUCUGUUUCUAAGGGGCUUGUGAAAUUAACUAAAGUUAAGGUGAGUGGUACAGCUGUAUCAAUUAAUUAAUUAGCUGAUACCAAGAACAAACAUCGCCACAGUCCUCUAGAUGUAAUUCUUGCCUCCCUUUUCCAAUUCCAAAUGUGCUUAGCUAUAGGUUGUUCUUUUGUCUUGUCUCAGAAAUUCGUUGCCUUUUAAAAUCUUUAAACAAAGAAAUGCUGCCGGUAACAACAAUAACAGAGAGACUGGCAGUGCCCUGUGUUGCUGGGGCAGCCGUUUGGAAACGUGUUCCACAAAUCACACUGAUUAGUGCCCUCUCUUUCCCCUUUCCUUCCAGGAAAGACUCCCCACUCUUUGCAUUGAAACUCCUGACAUUGCUUUUUUAAAAGGAUAAUGUGACAUUGGUUGAUGUGUUAUUUCAAAAGCAUAAAGUUAAUAAAUCUAUUCAUGCA